UACCGCUAACACUUAAAAGGAGAAAACAAGACAGCCACCUUUUUUUUUUUGCAGUGUAGCUUAGGCGUGUAACAUUACAUUUUACUUAUAAAGUCUUCUUUUUUUUGUAAACUUAAGGGUCUUUUUUUUAAUUCUUGAUUUCACAAAUGACCCCCCAGGUGCUCUGGGUAGUGGUUGCAUUGUCCGGCAUCCUCUCUGUGACCUCCUAUGAGGCAUUCAAAUGUCCGCGAAUCUGCCACUGCACGGCCUCCAGCUUCCAAUGCAGCAAUGAUACUCAACUGGCUUCUAAGAAUAACACCACAUCCAUAGUUUUCAAACACCUGGAUCUUGAAGAACUUCCAACCCAUGCCUUCAAGGAACUGAUCAACAUAAAAGCAAUCAUGAUCUACUACAGCUCUGUGACCCGGAUACAGACACACGCCUUCAUCUCCAUUUACGGCUUGAGAGAAAUUACUCUUAAAAAUAUGAAAAAUCUGAGGACAAUUGAAAAGGGAGCAUUCACUGACCUGCCCGAUCUGAAUUAUUUGUGCAUCUUUGGCACUGGGGUGAUGCACUUCCCAGACCUUUCCACUAUAUCCUCCUUGGCAUUCCCAUUCAGCCUAAAAAUGCAAGGAAACAUGGCCAUAAAAAAUAUUCCUGCCAAUUCCUUCAAUGGUAUGACACAGAUGACCAGUGACAUCAGCCUGAUCGGUAGCGGUUUCAAGGAAAUCAACCCACAUGCAUUCAAUGGAACCUUCAUCAGAACACUAGAUUUAAGAUACAACAGACAUCUGUGCAACCUUCCAGAAGACGCUUUCGAAGGAGCCUUGGGUCCGCUUUAUCUGGAUGUGUCCUCCACAGCUUUGACCUCCCUCCCCCGGAAGGGGUUGGAGCAGGUAAAGCGCCUGAAAGCCAAAUCUGCUUUUGCUCUGAAGCGCCUUCCUCCAUUAGAGAGCCUGGCUGAGCUGGGGGUGGCUGAGCUCACGUACGCGAGCCAGUGCUGUGCGUUCCGCUUGUGGUACAGCAAACACAGACAGGAGGCCCUCAAGAAUCCAAUCCCAUUUUGUGAAUCGAUACACACACAUUUCGGUCGAGGCAUUGACCUCUACAAAGAGAAUCCACAACUGGAACAUAUUUGUCCCAGCCACGCCGGCAUCCAGUGCACGCCAGAGCCAGAUCCUUUUAACCCUUGCGAGGACCUCCUGGGUCCCAUCCUGGGCAACGUCACAUGGAUAAUAGCAUUUUUGACAAUUGUUGCUAACCUCACUGUGUUGGUCAUGCUGCUCUUUACCAGUCGCAAGCUAACUAUCUCACGAUUUCUUAUAUGUAACCUUGCCCUGGCAGACCUGUGCAUGGGCUUUUACCUGAUGCUCAUUGCCCGCAUGGACUGCCACUCUCGCCACGAGUACUACAACCACGCCACGGAAUGGCAGACGGGCCCAGGAUGUGACAUGUCAGGCUUCCUGACAAUGUUCUCAAGUGAGCUAUCCGUUUAUACGCUCACUGUGAUAAGCUUCGAACGCUGGUACACCAUUAUCAAUGCCAUGGAUCUAAACAAGAGGCUGGGGAUGCACCAUGUGGUGGCCAUCAUGGUUGCAGGUUGGGUCUUCUCCCUGCUGGUUGCUUUGCUGCCCUUAGUAGGAGUCAGCAGCUACAGCAAAGUGAGCAUCUGUCUCCCAAUGGAUAUUGACACGCGGGCUUCCCGGGCAUACGUGAUGAUUGUGCUAUUGCUUAAUGUCCUUGCAUUUCUGGGGGUGUGUUUCUGCUACGUGUGCAUCUACCAGAGUGUCCGCAAGCCGGAGCCUGCCAAUCACUACAAUGAUACAAAGCUCGCCAAGCGCAUGGCGGUGCUCAUUUUCACCGACUUCCUUUGCAUGGCGCCAAUCUCCUUCUUCGCAAUCUCUGCGACACUGCAUAUGCCCCUGAUCACCGUGUCUCACUCCAAAAUUCUCCUCAUCAUUUUUUAUCCCAUCAACUCCCUCUGCAACCCUUUCCUGUACACCAUCUUCACUCGGGGCUUUAGGAAAGAAGUGCGCCUGCUGCUCCAACGUUGGGGAAUACUCCCAUAGCAUUUAAAGGUAAAGCUCCACAGCUCUCAAAUUACCUGCCUCCAAAUUAUGCCCAACACAAAACCACACUUUAGUUUCUCUGCUAUUCACUAGAAUUGGUGGAUGGACAGAUGUUUCAGCAUGUACAGUAUUUGUGUGUGUACUAUAUUAUAUACAACCCCAAUUCCAAUUAAGUUGGGACGUUGUGUUAAACAUAAAUAAAAACAGAAUACAAUGAUUUGCAAAUCAUGUUCAACCUAUAUUUAAUUGAAUACACUACAAAGACAAGAUAUUUAAUGUUCAAACUGAUAAACUUCAUUGUUUUCAGCAAAUAAUCAUUAACUUAGAAUUUUAUGGCUGCAACACGUUCCAAAAAAGCUUUGACAGGGUCAUGUUUACCACUGUGUUACAUCAACUUUUCUUUUAACAACAUUCAAUAAACGUUUGGGAACUGAGGACACUAAUUGUUGAAGCUUUGUAGGUGGAAUUCUUUCCCAUUCUUGUUUGAUGUACAGCUUCAGCUGUUCAACAGUCCGGGGUCUCCGUUGUCGUAUUUUACGCUUCAUAAUGCGCCACACAUUUUCAAUGGGACACGGGUCUGGACUGCAGGCAGGCCAAUCUAGUACCCGCACUCUUUUACUACGAAGCCACGCUGUUGUAACAUGUGCAGAAUGUGGUUUGGCAUUGUCUUGCUGAAAUAAGCAGGGGCGUCCAUGAAAAAGACGUUGGUUGGAUGGCAGCAUAUGUUUCUCCAAAACCUGUAUGUACCUUUCAGCAUUAAUGGUGCCUUCACAGAUGUGCAAGUUACCCAUGCCAUUGACACUAACACAGCCCCAUACCAUCACAGAUGCUGGCUUUUGAACUUUGCGUCCAUAACAGUCCGGAUGGUUCUUUUCCUCUUUGGCCCGGAGGACACAACGUCCACAAUUUCCAAAAACAAUUUGAAAUGUGGACUCGUCAGACUACAGAACACUUUUCCACUUUGCAUCAGAUCAUCUUAGAUGAGCUCGGGCCCAGAGAAGCUGGCGGCGUUUCUGGGUGCUGUUGAUAAAUGGCUUUUGCUUUGCAUAGUCGAGUUUCUCAGUCUUUUUUGCCACCUGUCCCAGCUUUUUUGGAACGUGUUCAUAAUUAUUUGCUAAAAACAAUAAGGUUUAUCAGUUUGAACAUUAAAUACCUUGUCUUUGUAUUCAAGUAAAUAUAGGUUGAGCAUGAUUUGCAAAUCAUUGUAUUCUGUUUUUAGGCGGCACGGUGGCCGACUGGUUAGAGCGUCAGCCUCACAGUUCUGAGGUGCGGGGUUCGAUCCCCGGCCCCGCCUGUGCGGAGUUUGCAUGUUCUCCCCGUGCCUGUGUGGGUUUUCUCCGGGCACUCCAGUUUCCUCCCACAUCCCAAAAACAUGCAUUAAUUGGAGACUCUAAAUUGCCUGUAGGUGUGACUGUGAGUGCAAAUGGUUGUUUGUUUGUAUGUGCCCUGCGAUUGGCUGGCAACCGGUUCAGGGUGUACCCCGCCUCCUGCCCGAUGAUAGCUGGGAUUGGCUCCAGCACGCCCGCGACCCUAGUGAGGAGAAGCGGCUCAGAAAAUGGAUGGAUGUAUGUUAACUAUAUAAUCAGAACUGGGGGAAAAAAGCAUGCAUUAACAUCUCCAUGUUGGCUCUAGAGAGAAUGGAGCAGACUCUGGCUAUGUUCUUUAAAUGAGAAAAACCUGUUUUUGUUAUAUUUUUGAUGUGUGCAAUAAAAGUGAGUUCAGAGUCUAGAAUAACAAUGAGGUUUUUCAUCAGUGGGGAAGGUUUUAAGGACAGUGCUUGUAGUUGAGUCAGCGGGCCUCAGGGCCACAGACUAAAACUUCAGUUUUCUCCUGGUUAAACUGGAGAAAAAUGUCUGCCAUCCAGGAUUUGAUGUCUAAAAUAUAGUUUAAAAGAGUAUCCAUUGGACAAGUGACAUCAGGAGACACUGAGAUGUAUAGUUGCACAUCAUCAGCACAGCUGAGGAAGUUCGCUCCAUGCCUCCUGAUGACACUGCCAAGAGGGACAAUAUGCAAAUUGAAUAAGGCGGGCUAAAAUUGAUCCCUGUGGGACACCACGUGUUAUUUCAUGGAUUUCUGAAGAGUAUGUAUCUAAACUUAUCAUAAAGGUUCUGUCAGUACCAUUUCUGGUGGAGUAAAAAAUAUAUAUUUGUGUAUAGUACCAGAGAGGCCAACCAGGUGUUUAAGUCUGUUUAAAAGAAUAGUGGGGUCUACCGUGUCGAAGGCAGGACUAAGAUUCAACAGAAUCAGCACAGUGAAUUGACAGUUAUCAGAACUGACUCUAAAAUUUUGAGGCCCGUCCCAGUGCUGUGAUUCAUGCUAAAACCAGACUGAUACUUUUCAAGGAUAUUAAAAUGUAUUGAAAAAAAUACAUUAAAAUCAGUGAAUUGAAUAAAAACAUUUUUUUUCUAAAAUUGUGCUUAAAAAUGGUAAGUUAGAUACAGGUCGGUAGUUGUUCAAAUCAUUAGAAUCGGAAUAGCUCUUCUUCAGAAGGGGCCUUACCACUGCUUCUUUGAAUUGCGCAGUGAAGAUUCUCAUCUGAAGAGAGCAAUUUACAAUGUUUAAAAGUCCUUGGGUAAAAAUCCAUGUUUUAAAAAUUUAAUUGGGUCUAAAAGACAUGGUGGACAUGGACUUUGUCAAGUAUCUCAGCAUCAAUAUAAGUAAAAAAACUGUCCAAUGUCUCUUCAGGAAAAGACAGGCACUCAGAUGUGUUUAAAAUGUGUAAUGAUUGGAUCAAAUGUUGCAUCUGAUAGUGUCAAACUUUCCUCUGAAGUGGACUGCCAAAUCCUCACAGAGAAUGUCAUUUGGAGUUAAAGGGAAGCUGUUAAAAUUCCGAUUAAAUAAAUAUUAAAUAGUGGAGAAUAAAACAUUGGAUGUAUUUUUGUUGUUUGCGAUUAUUUUUGGCAAAAUAAGCAUUUCUAAAAUAUUUCACAGUCUUGUUAUGAAAUUUAAGUUGAUCACACAAUGCCUAAUAAUUGAUUCUGGUCAUAUUCUUCUCUGUAACACCCUCCAGUUUUGUUUUAAUUUAAAGCCAAACACAAUCCAUUCAUGAUGCUGGUUGACUACUUUGUUGUUCUAAAUGUAGAUUUCUGUGAGCAGGCAACAUAAGGGCACAUCUUGUGCUGAGUGGCCUGAGUACUGGCCUUCAGAUGUAUUAUCUACAGUAACCAAUUCAUAGUCAACAUUGUUGACUGUGAAAUAGGAAAGAUGUGCCACUCGUUGGUAAUCUCCUCUGGUCAUUUUCAUGAUAGUCGUUAGCCCCUGUGAAACUUAAAAUAUUGCAUUGCUCAUAUUGCACUGCACAGCCCAAGUAGUUCCUAUGCCACAGCAACUUCCAUUCCUGCCUCUAUGAUAUUCAUUGUUAGGCUUGACCAAGUUUUAAUUGGACAUCAAAAAUUGAACUCCAGAACAAUUUUGUAGGGUUCCACUGUCUAUCAUCAAAACUAUUUUUCUGACUGUACUUUUGGGUAUUGUGUAUAAUUUUGGAUUCUGUUAAGUCAUUUUUGUGUAGAAUUUUCCAAUUUUAUCAAUCCAUGA